AUGGACCCCGAUGAACGUUUGUCUAAUUGGGUAUUUGGAAACUACAGUGAAGGUUAUAUCUGCAACUUCUCUGGCGUGAAAUGCUGGGGUAGUGAACAGAAUAGGGUGCUAAGCAUCGAUCUUGGUGGGUAUGGUCUUGAGGGAGAGUUUCCUAGUGGUGUUAAGGUAUGUUCUUCCAUGGAGAGUCUAAAUCUCACUGGAAACAACCUCUCUGACACUAUUCCAUCAGAUGUUUUCUCAUUUAUUCCAUAUCUUGUUACUCUAGACCUCUCUCACAAUAUAUUUUCUGUCUCAAGUCCAAGACUCCAAAACUUCUCAGUGGCCCACAAUGAUCUAGAUGGUCCAAUCCCAGAACUCACCAAUGGAAGCAACUUCCUCUGGAGCUUUGAGGACAAUCCGUAUCUCUGUGGUUUCCCUCUGGAUCCUUGCCAUGAUUCUUUCUAUUCCAUGGCUAUUGUUGCAGCCAACGUUUCUGCAGCUGCUCUGUUUCCUGUAGGUGCAUGCUUUGGCUGGUUCUAUGUUGGCAAGAAGCAGAAAACAACAGGAUAA